AUGUAUGAUUUAACCAGUGAUGGAAUAACAGUGGAUGUGCAGAAUACUGUAGCUAUAUUAGUAAGAACCAAGUCAAGUAGUGCUGUGCCUCUGGCAGGUGAAUAUACUAACAAGGAGAACAAACCACAAUAUACUAACCUAAGAAGGAUGACAGCUGGUUUCAUGGGAAUGGCCAUGGCGAUUAUCCUCUUUGGCUGGAUAAUUGGGUUGCUAGGCUGCUGCUGGGACCGAGGCCUUAUGCAGUAUGUUGCAGGACUUUUGUUCCUUAUGGGAGGAACCUUCUGCAUCAUUUCACUGUGUACCUGUGUGGCAGGGAUUAACUUUGAGCUCUCUCGCUAUCCACGAUACCUCUACGGCCUUCCUGAUGACAUAAGUCACGGAUAUGGCUGGUCCAUGUUCUGUGCUUGGGGUGGCCUGGGUCUAACCCUCAUCUCUGGAUUCUUCUGCACAUUGGCCCCUUCUGUUCAACCUGUUCCCAGGACUGGAUGCCCAAAAUCUAGGCCUGAAAAUGGAACCGUUUGCUAAGAAUUACUAAAGGGAAAUAAAGCUUGGCUGUUUUGUCCUGACAGGCUUGCUGAAAUCUAAAAUAACAGAUUUUUACCUAUGAAAAAAAUGGUGAUAAGUGUCAAUUAAAAUCACGCAAGCAGAAACAAUGUAUGCUAUACCAGCCAAGGGUGCUUUGUGUAUGCAUUUAAAACUCCACAGAAAGUACUAAGUAAUGGAACGCUUACUGUAAGUAGUCUGUAAUGAAGAGUGAGUUAAAAUAAAUCAGGAAUCCUUACCUUGGA